AUGCAGAGCACAAUGGAGCAGAGGAGUGUGCUGGUGCACAGUAAAGUCAGUGAUGCUGGCAAGAGGAAUGGCCUGAUUAACACUAGGAAUUUGAUGGCAGAGAACAGAGAUGGGUUAAUGUCCAUCUACCCAGUGCCCAAAUACCAGAGUCGCCGCGUGGUGGCUGGUGUCACGUCAGCUUCCUUGAAUAGCAUCAGAAGUGAGCCAGUCCAACAGCUGCUGGAUCCCAAUGCCCUACAUCAAUCCUUAGAGUCCCACUACCACCCCAAUAUCAUCAUCUACUCAGAGGGUGUGCUGCGCUCCUGGGGGGACGGAAUGUCUGCUGACUGCUGUGAAACCACCUUCAUUGAAGACUGCUCAUCUAACAAAGACAGCCUGGAGUACUCCAAAGGGAAGUUCAUGAACCUCUCAGCUGAUGACAUCAGAAUCCACACUCUCUCCUAUGAUGUUGAGGAAGAGGAGGAUUUCCAGGAUCUAGAGAGUGACUACUCAAGUGACACCGAGAGUGAUGACAACUUUUUCAUGAUGCCCCCCAGGGACCACCUAGGGCUCAGUGUCUUCUCCAUGCUCUGCUGCUUCUGGCCCUUGGGCAUUGCUGCCUUCUACUUCUCCCAUGAGACCAAUAAAGCUGUGGCCAAGGGAGAUUUCCACCAAGCCACCACCAGCUCCCGGCGGGCACUCUUCCUGGCCGUGCUGUCCAUCACACUUGGAACUGGCAUCUAUGUGGGUGUGGCUGUGGCCCUCAUUGCCUACCUCUCCAAGAACAACCAUUUAUAA